CCCGUGGGAACUAUGGAAUGAACAUGUAGGAAUAGCAGGCCAAGUAUAAAGGAGAAGAGAGAGAAUACAUUUCUGUGGCUUCAAAAACACACAACUAGGGAACUUCCCUGGAUUUUGCACCUUUAAUAUUUUUGCAAUGUAUAAAUAUUCACCGCGUUUUAUGCAUUUUUAUUGCUCAUCACAACUGUCAUGUCCAACAUGCAUUAAAACGUCACAUUUCGGAACAACAAGUGGGAUGGAGGAGUCAAUCGAUUUUGUAUGGAUUAUGGAUUCAGAUUAACGCGUUGUUACAUGAUGAAGGCUUCAUUGACGGAACCAUUAACUUUGGAGUGGCGUUUGCAUCAUUAAGUGCAAAUAUAUUCGGGAGGAAGGAAUGAAGUACACGUGCAGGAACGAUCUGCUGGUGCACUAGUUGUGCACUGUACUCACUUAGUAAAUUCGCAUUCUAGUCAAAUCAGGAUGAAAAUACUCAGUAGGAUCACCUCAUUACUAAAAUUAGGAAGUAUGGGGUGCGGAGUGAAGACUACGGGGAAAGAAUGAUCUCAUUUAAAGAAAUAUCUGUGAUGGAUUUCGCAAAUCACUGGCUGCCAAGAAGACUGGGAAUUAUAAGCAUUUUUCAGUAUUACGAGUGUAACUUUAAGAAAUAGAACAAUUAAUAGUUGUUACUGGUAUAUGGACCAUCUUUGAAUACAAUGCAGCUCUGGUGGAAUGGAUGAAAUAACUCUUAAUUCACCCUCGCAAUCUGGUCCCAGCGGGGGUCAAUCAUUAUCAUCCUUUGCUAUGGACGCCUCUCCCACAGCUCAAUCCACUACAAUUGUUAAUAACCACUACUCAUCCCCCGAUUCGAACCCAUUUCUUCAGAAAAACAUGAACCAACCUUCCUCCGUAUCGUUUCCCGAGCACAAGACAAAAUUUCAAGUAGCAAAUCAUGACUUACUCUUAAAUCACCACGGUGGUCAACAGUCCGACGUUCAAGUAAAAGCGAAUAAUACAGCAUCAUCUCUUAUAUAUUUCGGAGAAAGACAUCAGCAACCUGCAUCUGUCCUUGAUCAGUACCAAUCAUCCAGCAAUAAUAGCCCAUUCCAAUCUGCAACUGAGGAUCCUGACUAUGAUGGGAUUCAAGAAGAUCACCAUCACGACGACCUUGACGGUGGUGACGACCGGGAUCCCCUCCUCUUUAAAGCGCCCCCUCGGCAAAGCGUUUUUCACCAGUUUCUCUCCUCCGCCAAAGGGGUAGCUGUUGGUAAGGACAAGAUCCUAAAAAAGGUUCGAAUGGCUGGUGGUGCAGAGGGACGAUUGAGACCACGAAAUCACGACCUUGCCAUUUCUCGCCCCGUCCAAGACGACGAAUAUGAAGAAGAUCUUCACGAAGACCACGAGGACUCGUUAUCCGACGAAGAAAGUCCGCACCACGAUCAGCACGCUCCCAAGGGUGACGAUUUGUCCCCUUCCUCUCGUGGAAAAUGUUCCAUUGGCAUUCUUCUUGCGGCAAUUUCUUGCGUAUUUUUCGCAACUAGUGCCCUCAUUGUAAAAGUGAGUCGACUCCAUCCCAUGCAACUCCUCUGCGUUCGUGGUGCCCUUCAGGCCCUCUUCAUCUCACCAAUCGUUCUCUCGACCGGAAACUGUUUCUUUGGGCCAGCCGGGUCACGGGCGCUUCUUCUCGCGAGGGCCGUCCUCGGCUCGGUCUCACUCAUCAUGAGUUUCGCCUCUAUCCACUUGAUCCCACUGGCGGAUGCGGCCACUUGCAUCUUCACGUCACCCGUCUUCGUCUCACUCUUUGCCUGCAUUUGUCUGAAAGAGCUCUGUUCCUGGUUCGAUGUGAGCAUGAUUCUUCUUACACUGCUCGGAGUCGUUCUCGUGUCACAGCCAUCCUUCAACUUUAUUAGCACGGGAUCAUGGACCAGCAUUUUGGGCACAAUUUGUGGUCUCGCCGCAGCAAUGUUGACCGCCCUAGCGUUCAUUGUCCUUCGCCAGUUGAAACAUGUCCACUAUUCUGUGACCGUGCUUUGGUUCAGUGUAGUUCUGGCCGGAUUUGGAGCUGUGCUCAUGAUCGCUCUGGACGGAUUCAGGAUGCCUUCGGACUGGUCCGAUGUCGUGGACUGUGUGGGAAUUGGGAUUUGUGGAUUUCUGGGACAAAUUCUGCUGACGAAAGCGCUUCAAAUAGAGAAUGCAGGACCAUGUGCGGUGGCGAGAACGUUGGAUAUUGUCCUCGCUUUCUUUUAUCAAAUUACGCUUCUGCACGACACGCCAGACUGGUAUAGCUAUUUGGGCAGCUUUCUUGUCGUAUCUUGUGUACUUUUGACCGCGUUUCGACGAUGGUACAGGGAAAAGUUUGGGUUGGAUGUGGUCAUUGGGGGACGUCAUCCUGGGGGUGGUCCUGCUGGGGGUGGUAGGCAUGAAAAAUUGGGGAGUGGUGGUGGAGGAGUGGGAACAAGUAGUAGAAGUAACUGCAGUUACACCAGAGCAAGCAUAGAUAUAUCCUAAUAACUGAACGCCAAUAAGUAAUAUAGGUCUGCAUACAUAAUUAGUUGACUAAAUUAGUUGACAUAAUUAGCUAAUUAUUUAUAAUAAUCAUCAUGUUGCAAUGUUAAUUGUUACAAGUUUGAUAAUAUCGAUUCCAAAACCCAUCCACUCAUCUUGCAGUAAUUUUGCGAUGCUAUUCAUGGUGCACAAAAUUGAAUAAUAAAGUUGUGAAAUGUUGUGAUUCUAAA